AUGGUCUCAAUGUCAGCCCUGCGACACGGGCUUGGAGUCCUCUAUCUUGCUGGCUGGCUGGGGUCGUCGCUGGCUGCCACCACCGAGCAAUGGAAGUCUCGGUCAAUCUAUCAGACCAUGACGGAUCGCUUCGCGCGCACUGAUGGCUCAACCACCUCCCCCUGCAACACCACAGAGGGUCUGUACUGUGGUGGCACCUGGCGCGGCAUGAUCAAUCACCUCGAUUACAUCCAGGGAAUGGGCUUUGAUGCCGUCAUGAUCUCCCCUAUCAUCGAAAACGUCGAAGGUCGCGUGGAGUAUGGAGAAGCCUAUCACGGCUAUUGGCCCUUGGAUCUGUACUCCCUCAACUCUCAUUUUGGCACGCACCAGGAUCUGCUCGAUCUGAGUGACGCCCUGCAUGCUCGCGACAUGUAUCUGAUGAUGGACACGGUCAUCAACAACAUGGCCUACAUCACCAAUGGCUCCGACCCCGCCACCCACAUCGACUAUUCAACCCUCACCCCCUUCAACAGCUCGUCUUACUAUCAUCCGUACUGUAAGAUCACCGACUGGAAUAACUUCACCAACGCCCAGCUAUGCCAGACCGGUGACAACAUCGUGGCCCUGCCCGAUCUGUAUACCGAGCAUGCCGAGGUUCAAGAAACGCUAAGCAACUGGGCAAAGGAGGUCAUAUCCACCUAUUCCAUUGACGGUCUCCGCAUCGAUGCAGCAAAGCACGUGAACCCUGGCUUUCUGAAGAAUUUCGGCGAUGCUGUGGAUAUCUUCAUGACCGGCGAAGUGCUGCAGCAAGAGGUCAGCACCAUCUGCGAUUACCAGAAUAAUUACAUCGUCAGUCUCCCGAAUUAUCCCGUCUACUACGCCAUGUUGAAGGCCUUCACCCUGGGCAACACCAGCGCCCUGGCCACUCAAGUCCAGGAGAUGAAGAAUUCUUGCCAUGAUGUGACCGCCUUAUCCUCGUUCUCCGAAAACCAUGAUGUCGCACGAUUUGCCAGCAUGAACCCGGACAUGGCGCUCGCGAAGAAUAUCCUUACAUUCACUCUUCUCGCUGAUGGUGUGCCCAUGAUUUAUCAAGGUCAGGAGCAGCAUUUGGAUGGCCCCGGCAGUCCCAAGAACCGAGAAGCGAUCUGGCUUACUGAGUACAACACCGACGCCGAGCUCUACAAAUUGAUCGGCAAGUUGAAUGCCAUCCGGAAGCACGCCUACCGACUCGAUAAUCAAUAUCCGGAUGUUCAGACGUACCCCAUCUUCGAGGGUGGCAGUGAACUGGGAUUCCGCAAGGGAGUCGAAGGCCGGCAAGUGGUCAUGCUUCUGUCCACGCAGGGCACCAACAGCAGCGCCUACAACCUCUCGAUGCCGGUGAGUUUCACGGGCGGCACGGUCGUGACCGAGAUUCUCAACUGCAUCAACUACACGGUCAAUGCCCAGAGUGAACUCGUGGUUCCAAUGGAUAAAGGAGAGCCGCGCGUGUUCUUCCCGGCGGAUCUGAUGCCCGGCAGUGGACUGUGCGGAUUUCCUGUCGCGAAUGUCACCUAUGCUGCCUUGAAGACGCAGGGUGCAGCAGCGGCAGAGGCUGCCUUGUCGCUGGGCAUCAAGACCGAUGCAGCUUCCAAUGCUUUGCUUUCCCUGGUGCUGUCUGGGGUGGCGGGUCUGCUUGUGGGGAUGUGGUAA